AUGCUUCUCGUCGACACAGUGAAUCAGAAGAUCGACUUUCCUCACGGGGCUAUCACCAACGAGUACUUGAUCAAGAGGGAACUCGAAAAGUUGAAGAUGCUAAAGAUGACAAAGGACCUAAUGAAUUUGGACUGCGACCGCCGUCUCGCCCUCUAUGCUUACACCCACGACACGAAGGAGGCUCUCGGCUCGAUGGGAAAUGAUGCUGCAUUGGCUUGCCUAUCUGACUACAAACCCCUUGCUGUUCGCUUACUUCCAACAGUGCUAUUUGCACAGGUGACGAAUCCACCAAUUGACUCCUUCCGAGAACAAUUCGUGAUGUCCCUUCGUCUCCUAAUUGGACCAGAAGGGAACAUCCUGGAGCCUAGCGAGGAACUG